AUGUGUUGUGCUUACUCCGGGCAUGUAGACGUUGUGGAGUUGCUACAUCAACACGGGGCGUCUCUUGACAACACUGACGUCGAGGGUUGGACAGCCUUGCUCAUCGCCGCACAGAAUGGUACGUGGGACAUUGUUAAUUUUCUUGUGGAGAAAACAUCCGGUUUAGACCAUGCGAUGAACUACGGCAGAACAGCUCUUGCUUUCGCAGCAGAACAUGGGUAUGUCAACAUUGUGGAGACACUUCUGAAACAUGGAGCUGUCCCAGACAAGGGAGAUGUCGAUGGCGACACGGCUUUGAUUAUAAGCGCACUGAAAGGUCACGUGAAAGUGGUGCAGACUUUAGUGAAGAACAAGGCAUUCAUUGAUAAAGCCAACAGGGAAGGGCAGACAGCUCUAUAUGUAAGUUCUCACGAAGGCAGCUUGAAAAUUGUCCAAAUUCUUGUCAACGCUGGAGCUAGUGUUAACCUUCCCGACAAAAAAGGGUUCACCCCUUUAAUGGUGGCCGCAGCAAACUCCCAUACAUCAGUAGUUCAAGUUCUGAUCAAAGCUGGUGCAGAUGUUAACAUCCAGGAUAGAAAAGGACGCACCGCACUCAUGAUGGCCUCAAGCAAAGGUGCUACAAAAGUGGUGUCAUUGCUUCUAGAAGCAGGAGCUAACCCUAACAUAGCCUGCUCCGAGGGAUGGACAGCUCUGAUGUACAGUUGCCAGAAUGGUCAGUCUGAAUGUAUCAAGGUUCUGCUUGACCGUAAGGCUGAGAUCAAUUCCUGCGACAACGAAGGAAACACAGCCUUGUGUAUUUCUGCAGCCCACGGCUUCUAUAAAGACAUCUGUCUGCUCAUCGCUCAUGGCGCCAACGCCGCUGUGCAAAACAAAUCAGGAAGGACUCCUUUGAUUCUCAGCACUUACAACGGUUUCCUCAAAAUCGUCAAGCACUUGAUCGAGAAAUCGUCUGCUAAAGAGACUUUAGACCUAGUCGAUGAAGACAAGGGUGACACCGCUUUGAUUAUCGCCGCCAGGAAAGGACACAAAGAAACCGUCGACGUAUUACUGAAACAUGGCGCCAAAGUUAACGCAGCCAAUAGAAAACUAAGAACUGCUUUGAGUGUUAGCGCCAAAAAUGGAAAUGAAGACAUUGUUACAGCUCUGAUCGCUCAUGGAGCAGACGUUAAUACUGGAGAUGUCGACGGAGAUACGCCUUUACUUCUGAGCGCUCCCCGCGGGGAUACGUCUGUUCUCGAGGCCCUGCUGCAAGCCGGGGCUGAUGUAAAUAAACAGAACAAUAAAGGAGAAACAGCACUUAUCCGUGCUGCCAAACACGGAUGUCGCUUAUCUGUGCAACUGUUGUUGAACAAAGGUUAG